CGAAGACAAGAUCCAACGAGAAGGGAAGAAAUCUUUCUCAGGUAUAGGUGGCCGAAUACCAUUGAAGGAAGAGUAAAAAGUUCUUAUUUGGGGCUUAAGUUUUGGCAGAUACCAGCAUGCCGAGCCUGUGAAACUUGAGUGCCUCGCGCUCAAGAAAAGGAGGAGUGGCAAACUGACUUUUGUGGAGCAUUUUGGAAAGUGAGAUUCUUUAUGCUGGGGGCGCAACUGGGAAUGCUCUUUUCGUACUGCGAGCCCAAAAGAUCUGCAUUGUUCGCGAUGGAGAAGAUGAAGGCGAAGGAUUCCAAGCUCGUUUUUCUUGUUCUUGAAGAGUAGGUGUACGUGGAAGUCGUCUAUGCAGGAAAGCGCCUUGCAGGAAUCGAUAUGGAUAUGGAUGCAGUGCUCAGCAGCCUGAUUGAAGAGAACAAAGUACUUCGUGCCAGAAUCAAAAGGCUCCUCCAAUCCGCUGAAGAAAAUCUCACGCAGACUCUUGAUGGCUCGCUGCUCAAAGUCCUUGCGGAUAACGCACUGGAAGUUCCUGAAGUAGUGAAAGUGUUUGAAACUGCUUUGACACUUUUGCUGGAGGGGAUGCCGUUUGGAUUAAGCUACUGGGACGAGAAACUCUCGUGCACAUAUACCAAAGUCUAUGACGGGGGAGUGAAUGAUUCAAUUCUAAAGGAGAUUAUAGGACAGCAAGAUGCCGACUUUCUUCCCGAAGUGAUUCAUCUGCUAGAAAUGAAGGAUCAAAUAAUUCGAGGUGGAGCUGCUCAAAGACGAGAGUUCAAAGUUGAAAGGCCGGGGGCAACGAGAACUUUCUGUGUGGUUUGCGAACCUGUACAGCGGAAAGAAAAGCUUCAAGGUGUCGUAACCAUUUUGGUGGAUAAAACGUCUCAGGAAGCGAUGAGACGUGAACUUACUCAAAUGAAAGCAGAAACAGAACAAUGGGAAAGGACCGAACAAGGGCUCCGCCAAGCGAUCAAAUCAGCAGAUGAAGCUAUGGAAGCAAAGAACACGUUUUUAGCGGUCAUGUCUCACGAGAUUCGGACUCCACUAAAUGGAGUACUAGGAAUGGCGCAAGUUUUGGCAACUACAUCUUUGGACUCUGAACAGAAAGAGCUAGUAGACGCCAUGGUUUUCAGUGGAGAUGUUCUCCUGGCUAUCAUAUCUGACAUUCUUGACCUUAGCAAGGUUGAAGCAGGCACGAUGAAGCUGGAAGAAAGAGAAUUCAAUCCAAGGAUCAUUGUCAAGCAUGUAGCGAGAACAGCCACUGCAGCCACCAAAGAUCGCGGUAUCAAGAUAGAAGUUGACAUAUCGGACGAUGUUCCAGCUACAGUAAUUGGGGAUCCUUUGAGACUGAAACAAGUUAUCACCAAUUUGGUGUUCAAUGCUGUCAAGUUCACAAAGGAGGGCCACGUUCGCGUUCAUCUUAAAGUCUUGAAAGACUCCCACCAUGCUGAGAGCGAACGAUGUGGAAAGAUGUCCGAACGCACUUCAAAAAAGCCGCAGCGGUUUGAUCUUGUUAAAGGGACAAGCGCUAGAUGGGAUGUGUUACCGGAGAGCGGAAGAAAAGAUAUGUCUAGGCUGGACAACGCAAGUGAAAACCAGUCGGCGAACAAUCAAGAUCAGAAACUUUAUCUCAGGGUGAAUUUCGAUAAGUACCAUCGCCAAGAUUCUGGAGGCGAUACCGGAAGACGAGCAGGAAUACAGGAUCCAAGAGCCACUGCACGUAAAGACAAAGAUCGUCAGGCUUCGGACAUGAACGAAGACCACAACUUUAUUCUACUAGAGUUUGCAGUUGAGGACACCGGCAUUGGCAUUCCAGAGGAGGCAUUCCCCUCCUUGUUUGAAAAGUUUACUCAAGUCCAUUCGUCCACGACCAGAAAGUAUGGCGGAACUGGACUGGGUUUAGCGAUAUGCAAGCAGCUGGUCGAGUUGAUGGGUGGACAAAUUUUUGUGUCCAGCCGCGUCGGUGAGGGGUCGACAUUCUCAUUUACUCUGCGCUGUAAGUGCGCUGGUGACACGCAAAGGCCGGAUCGGCAUGCUAGCCCGACGAAUCUAGAAAGCAAUCUAUCCUACACAACGGCACACUUCCACAAGUUACAAGCCGGUUUAUCGUGCACAUCGAGCUCGGCCCCGGCACCACAAAGUCAGGGUAGCCUUGUCACCACAGCUUCUUGUCCGCUCGCGAGUAAGGCCGUGGAUGAUAAUGGCAGGAGAGCGUUCUUACAAGGGAAUAGCAGUAGCAGCAAGACUACAAGGGAGGUGGUCCUACAGCCGAAACAUGGUGGCCGCUUGCGACGAACUUCCAGUGGACCUCCUCGCAUUGAAUGCUCUCUCAUGGCUGAUGUUGAGAAUUCCAAGAAGGCUCAAAUGGUUUUAAGCUCUCCGGGAUGGCAGCCAAGGCUUCUCUUGGCCGAAGACAACAAGGUCAAUGUAUUGGUGGCCUUGUCCAUGCUCAAACGGCUGGGACUCACUGCUGAUGUCGCAUUUAAUGGCCAAGAAGCGAUAAGUGCAAUCCAAGCUAGGAGCUAUGAUCUGGUUUUCAUGGACGUGUGCAUGCCUGUUUUGGAUGGCUUGGAAGUAACGAGGCGAGUGAGGCUGUACGAGAGAACGGGGCGCUGGGAGAGCGAAGAUAGCUCCCAGUCAGACGCACCAAAAGAGCAAAACGAACCAGAGCAGCAGCAGCAGCAGCAAACUUUAAGUCGCCGGCUGCCAAUCGUCGCGAUGACCGCAAACGCACUCUCGGGCUGCGAGGAGCAGUGCGUGGAGUACGGGAUGGACAGCUUCGUGACCAAGCCCAUCACCUUUAGAAAGCUCCAAAACGUGCUCCAAGUCUUCCUCGCCAGAAGGGGCCAGCAAUCAUCGCCGUGAGAACACAAAAAGGAAGUUCAGAUCAAGUUCACAAACAGUCAGAACGCAAAGAAAGAUCUUCACGCACACACAUGGGGAAUUCAAUCGAUCGGGGGACUUUGGGCGAUCGAGAUAACAACAGGACUGGUGCGUCAGCUUUCUCCACGAACGUCUCGUCGGUUGGUUCUUUUGGCCUGGAGCAGAGGGAAAAUCGUGCUGGAAUAAUGGAAGAGUUUGGUGGUGGUGGUGGUGGUGGUGCUCAUGCUGCUGGAAGGCUUCCUCGUGCCCGUGACACUGAUGGAGAAUAGGGGGUGGGGGGAGAUGGAAAAAUCACAGGGACCAGACCAAGGAUUUGUGCGCGAGGACGAGCAGCAGCGAGCAAAAGAGUUCGUUCGCGACACAUUUAUAUGGAAAAUGGCAGUGUGUCAGUGGCGAGGCGAGCAAACAGCAGGCAACGGGGUCCCAUUUGCUGGCUACAAGGCAGGCACACCACGCAAAGCUGAAGAUCCGAAAAGAGCAAAAGAGGAAAAUUGCAGGAAAAAAGACUUUUUUUUAUGCAAGUCCAAUACGAGGAACAAAAAGAAGCGAAGAACAAACAAGGAGUUUCGUCUCUGAAAGUCUACACUUUGACAAGGCACCUAAGUUUUUUGGCUUUGGCUCUCGGUGAUCUUCCUGCUUUUCAUCUUCUUGUUGGUUUUGUUUUGACAGCGCAGCCAACCUUUUGUUGAGCAAAGACUUCACGAAACGAGAAAACGUUGUGCGGCCCUCGUUGUAAAGGUUGUCCUUUGGCCAUGGGGAACAGGGAAAGAUUCCGGAGUUCCGUAAACUUGCUGUGAGAUCGACGCUGGAACGAGCGAGCGAGAAGCUCGAAAACGGGCCUGGCCAUUUAUCUUCGCGAUCUCGAGAAUUGUUUUUUCUUGAUCAUGUCUGCCUGCCUGUUGAGAGGGAGUAAGACUCGCUUCUCUCGAUCGAAUCCUUCGAGCCUGCCAUUGGAAGUGUCAAGCAAUGCCAGAAGUUUAAACUUUAAAA